AUGUCCGACGAGGAAGCGUAUGUCUCGGACGCGGAGAGGGGGGUGGCUUUCGCUGAGGAUUCUCCAACACUGAAUAUCCCCAUUUACCCUGCCGGCGACAAUGCCGGGCGCGUGGACAUUCGCUGCGAACAUGUCGGCAUUGCCCACGGGUACCACUCCGAUGACUGCGACGACUUGUACAGCCUGAUUAUACUGCAGUUUCGAUUCGAUCCGAAUGGCAUCGCGGCUCGCAUCAAGGAAGCGUUUACGACGAUCAAGUUUGCGGCAGAAACACCUGCCGAUCGGGACCCCGUGGUCGAGAAAAUAUAUCCAGCUGGGCUUGUAUUGAAUUGA